AUGUCCCAAGAACCACACAACCAAGUCCCCCCAACCUCACCACUCACAGUCACCAACCCCCUCCCCAACUCAGCCUACACAAUCGGCUGGAUCUGCGCCAUCCACGUUGAAUACGUAGCCGCACGAGCCUUCCUCGAUGAAAAACACGGCCUCCCUACACAUGUCGCCCCCAACAACAGCAGCGUCUACACGCUGGGCCGAAUCGGCCCCCACAACGUUGCCAUCGGGGUGUUAGCCGCAGGGGAGUACGGGAUCGCGUCGGCGGCGAAUGUCGCGCGCGACAUGCUGAACAGCUUUCCGAAUGUGCGGCUCGGGUUGAUGGUGGGGAUUGGUGGGGCUGUUCCUUGUGAGGGGGUGGGUGGGGUGUUGCAGUAUGACUACGGGAAAGCGGAGCAACGCGAGGACGGUUGGACGACGAGGUUCUUGAAUUUGCCGCCGGUUGUUCUGCGCGGUGCUGUGAUGGACCUUGCGGCGCGGUAUGAGGAGGAGGGUAAUGGGUUGGAGGAUGCUGUUGAUGAUGUUUUGGGGAGGAUGCCGAGGCUGAGGAAGGGGUUUCAGCGUCCGGGGAGGGGCAGUGAUAGGCUUUAUCGGAGUGGGUUUGUACAUCCUUCGGAUGGUGGUGGGUUAGGCUGUGCGGAGGCUUGUGUUGAGGAUCCGUCAAAUCUUGUAUGGAGGCCUGAAAGGGAUGAAGAGGGUGAGAAUCUGGAGAUACACUACGGGAUGAUAGCCUCUGCAGACCGGCCGAUGAGGGACGCUCGUGUGCGGGACAAGCUUGCCGCAGAGAAUGAUAUUCUUUGCUUUGAUGCAUCGACUGGGGGGCUUAUGAAUUACUUUCCAUGUCUGGUUAUCCGCGGUAUAUGCGACUAUUCGGAUUCGCAUGAGAGUUCGGAAUGGGAGGGGUUUGCGGCGAUGGCGGCUGCGGCAUAUGGGAAGGAUCUUCUCUGUCGAAUUCCAGCAAGUCGAGUUGAGGCUGAGAAGAAGCUCGCUGAUAUCCUCUCCGGUGUGCACGAAAACGUUGGAAGAAUCCUCGACAGACAACACGAUCAAGACCGUGAGACAAUCUUGAAGUGGCUCGCUCCAACCGAAGGCCUUGAGUUUUCUUUCAAGCAGAACGAAUAUACGCCGGAGUUUCAGACAUGGAUGAGAAAUGACUACCAGACCUUAUUUUGUCCUGGUAUCCCCGGGGCUGGGAAGACACUGAUGACAUCUAUUGUCGUCGACCAUCUGGAGAAACACUACGACAACGCCAAUAUUGCGUACGUCUACUGCAGCUUUGGAUCACAGGAUCAAACACCAGAGGGCCUUCUCGGCAGUAUCGUGAAGCAGUUGGUUCGGAAACAGUCCUCAAUUCCUGAUAUUGUCAAGGAUCUAUACGGUCGACAUAAAGAUAGGAAUUCACGGCCUGGGCUUAAGGCUCUUUUAGAGACUAUAAACUCUAUCAUCCCUUCCGAUUCAAGGACAUUCAUCAUCGUCGAUGCGUUAGACGAAUGUCAAAACCACAACCGGUGCCGAGACAGCUUUCUGUCGGCAAUAUUUGCUGCUCAAGCCAGGACAAGGCUGAACUUCUUCGCAACGUCAAGGCCUCAGGGGGUGGAGGCUGGAUUUCGCGAGAGCAUCGAUAUCGUCAUGGGAAAAAGUACACGGAACAGACUUAGACAAUUUCUACUCGCUGUCCUCGAUAUGAAUGCACUUUACAGCCUGGAAACAAAAGGAGAGAUCCGAGACGCUUUGAGGAACGCUUACAGAAGAGGAAACAGACUACACGAAGCUUACGGGCAAACGAUGGAAAGAAUCCAAAGUCAGGGAGAAAGCCCGAAACGACUCGCCAUGAGGACUCUGGCAUGGGUCCUUCAUGCCAGACGUCUACUAUCCGCGGCAGAACUCCGGUACGCUCUCGCUUUGAAUGCAGAGCUAACGGAGGGCGAGUUUGCGAGUUACCUUCCCAAUAUCAGAAGGGUUCUAUCUCUGUGCGCCGGGCUAGUGAGGCUCGACGAGACGAGCAAGACUAUCAACUUCGUCCACAAGUCGACGCGAGAAUACUUCGAGGCCACCAGGGGGACUUGGCUCCAAAAUGCGGAACUCACGAUCUCGAGGGUCUGCGCUGCCUAUCUCUCAUUUGGCGCCUUCAGGAGCGGGUGCUGCCAGACAGACGACGACUUUGAAGAGAGACUGCGGACACACCCGUUCUAUACCUAUGCAGCAACCUACUGGGGCCAUCAUGCUUCCGAGUCUGCGACGUUAUGCCCGGAAGUUAUAAACUUCCUCGAGUGCGAGACGGCAGUCCAAGCAUCGACCCAGGCACUCCUGGCUAUUAAGUGUUACCCACGGAGUCCCCAGUACAGCCAGGAAUUCCCGAGAGAGAUGACUGGCCUUCAUUUGGCGGCGUACUUCGGGGUUGAGGGAGCGGUCAAACAUUUCCUCCAAAAAGGAAUUGCGGUCGAUGCGAAGGACACUGACGGCCAUACGCCGCUGUCGUAUGCUGCGAGGAACGGGCACGUAUCCGUCGUCCAGAUUCUGCUCGCAUCAGAGAAGGCGAAACCAGAUAUGGAAGACAGAAGUGGCUAGCGGGCACACGACCUCUAUCAGC